AUGCGCCGCUCUCAACUUGCCUCCUUCCUGGUCCUGCUCCUGCUCGCGGUCGCCACCACCGGUGUCUCGGCUCUGGGUGGCUGCUCCGCCGCGGACCAGGAGAACCGCGACAACAAGUACAAGAAGAAGUGCGACACCGCGGACGCCGCCUGCGGUUCCACCUGCUCUCGUCUGGUGUACGACAAGAACAACUGCAUCUCCUCGUCGACUUGCAACACGGCCAUGAGCGUUCUCGUGCUGGCCUGCCGCCUGCAUAACCCGAAGUCCCAUGCUGCCAACAUCCAGAUUGGAAAGGGCUCCUACAACUGCAACUCCGCCGGGUCGCUUUUCAACCAGCCGGCCGCCCUGGCCACCGGUGCCCUGGCCGUCCUCCUGGCUCUCGUGUCCUCUUAUGCUCUCUAA